AUGACCAAAGUAGUGGUAAUUGGAGCAGCUGGUGGCAUUGGACAGCCUUUAUCAUUGUUGUUAAAACAAAAUGACAAAAUUGGUCAUUUAGCUUUAUACGAUGUGGUAAAUACGUUGGGUGUGGCAGCAGACCUGUCUCAUAUUGAUACUACGGCUAAAGUUACUGGACAUACUGGGCCUAGUGAGCUGAAGGCUGCUUUGAAGGUAAGAUUAUAAACUUGGGCUAAAGAUAACUGUUGAGCAGAGUAAAAAUUUAAACGGGGUAAAAUUUUCGGCAGCUUAAAAUUUUGAGCAGGGUAAAAUUUUAGGGCCGAGUAAAAUUUUGGGUAAGGUAAAAUUUUAGGCAGGGUAAAAUUUUAAGCAGAGUAAAAUUUUUGGAGGGGGUAAGAUUUUGGGGAAGUCUAAAUUUUGGCUAGGUUAAAAUUUUGGGCAGGGCAAAAUUUCGGACAGGGCAAAAUUUUGGGCAGGGUAGAACUUUUAGCAAGAUAAAAUUUUGGGUAUGGUAAAGUUUUGGGCAGAGUUAAAUUUUGAGCAGGAUCAAAUUAUGGGCAGGGUAAAACUUUAGGCAGGGUAAAAUUUUAGGCAGGGAAAAAUUUUGGGCAAGGUAGUAUUUUGGGCAGCAUAAAAUUUUAGGCACGGUAAAAUUUUGGGCAGUUUGAAAUUUUGGGCUGGUUAAAAUUCAGAGCAAGCUCAAAUUUUGGGCAGGGCAGAAUUUAUAGCAGAGAAAUAUUUUGGUCAGUGCAAAAUUUUUGUUCAGGGUAAAUUUUGGGCAGGUUAAAAAUUUGGACAGUGUAAAAUUUUCGGCAGCGUCAAAUUUUGGGCGGGGGAAAAAUGUGCAAAAUAAUUUUAAGCAGGGUACAUUUUUGAACAGAGGUUAAAAACUAAGGGUAGAUAUGUAAAUUUUGAACUACUUUUACAAUUUUAGGACGCAGACAUCAUAGUGAUCCCAGCCGGAGUACCGCGGAAGCCUGGUAUGACUCGUGAUGACUUGUUUAACAUUAAUGCUGGUAUCAUCAAGGGCAUCGCAGAAGCUACGUCAGAAGUGGCUCCAAAGGCUCUGGUAGCUUUGAUUACAAACCCUGUUAAUAGUACUGUACCCAUUUUUGUUGAAGUUUUGAAGAAAAAUGGAGUUUACGAUCAUAGACGGGUCUUUGGUGUUACCACACUUGACAUUGUUAGGGCGCAGACGUUUGUUGGGGAGAAAAGUGGCAAUGGUAAGAAAUUUCAAGAACUUUCUUUACAAAACAAAAAAUGGCAAGAACUUUCUUUACAAAUCAAAAAAUGGCAAGAACUUUCUUUACAAGACAAAACAUAGCAAGAACUUUCUUUACAAAACAUAAAUGGCAAGAACUUUCUUUACAAAGUCGACUUAAAACAUUUUUUAGUCAAAACAAUCCCAAAAGUCCCGGUCAUCGGCGGUCACGCUGGUAUUACUAUAAUACCUUUGCUGACACAGACGAAACCACCAGUUAAACUCUCUGAAGAUGAGGUUAAGAACCUCACAGUACGAAUUCAAGAUGCUGGAACGGAGGUUGUCAAAGCUAAGGCUGGAGCUGUAAGUGAGCCCUACUCUACCGUACCGUACCCUACCCUACCCUACCCUACCCUACCCUACCCUACCCUACCCUACCCUACCCUACCCUACCCUAUCCUAUCUUGCCCUACCUUGCUUUACCCUACCCUAGUCAUAAUGUAGCUUUAUCUACCCUUACCUUUAGUCUAGUCUAGUCUAGUUUAAUCUCCUUUCAUAACCCCACCAAGCCAAUAGACUAGCCCUUAUUGGGCCCUACUUUGACCUGAUCUUACCCCGACCUCAACGCUUAUUCUUGUCCCUACCUCUACCCCUAACCACUCUAACCCUACCGUACCCCUAUCCCGACCUUUACCCUUACCCCUGUUGCUGUCUUGGUCAUACUGUAGCUUUACAAUUCCUACCAUAUAAUCCUACCUCCCUACCCUACCUCAGUCCACUAGUAGCUCUUUACCCGUCCUAUCGCAACCAUACCCUUACCUAAAGCCCAAUAUUCCAGCCCUAUCUUGCCUUAUAUACCGUAUUCUUUUCAGGGCUCAGCCACCUUAUCCAUGGCAUUUGCAGCCGCUCGAUUCGUCAAUUCUCUACUAAAGGCUCUAAAUGGUGAACAAGUGCUAGAACAUGCCUAUAUCAAUACAAAUGUAGUUCAAGACGUGGACUACUUCUCUACUCCAUUACUCUUGAGCAGGAAUGGAAUUGAAAGAACUCUUGGCCUGGGCGAGUUAUCCGAAUUCGAAAAGAAAUUAGUCUCCGAAGCCGUGCCUGAGCUACAGAAGAACAUUCAAAAAGGCGUGGGAUUCGUUAAAGCUAAAUUGUAA